GCAAUGCCUGUGUGGAUACUCACGCUUCCGACAGCGGCUGCUAUGCGACGAUGGGUUUCUGCCUGAAGAUGCACCGCUGGACACGCUGUCGGAUGUGCAGUUCGUGCUUGUGAGUUUCCAGACACCUUUGGCCAGUGAUUGCCAAGCACUCGUGGCCGCAGCGAAGGAGAACAACCUGCAGAACUUGGAGGUCCUGCUGCAACGACCUCUGGACCCGAAUGAGAUGGAUGCAAACGGGGAGGUCCCCCUGGGCGGAGCAGCUUGCUUUGGGAAUCCCGAAGCAGCCCUCCUGCUGCUUGAAGCGAGCGCAGACGUAGAGACGCCCAUGAGCGACGGGGCUACGCCACUGGUGAUCGCAUCACAGAAUGGCUAUGCGGAGUUCGUGCAGCUGCUGCUGGAGGUGAGGGCUGACCCGAACCGGGCACUUCCGCAACGCGGUGCCUCUGCGCUGCACAUAGCCUGCCAGAACGGCCAUCUAGAAGUGGCACGCUUGCUGCUGGACGUUGGUGCUGAAGUGAACAAGACCAUGCAUGAUGGAACAGCAGCACUUUUCCUGGCCUCUCAGCAAGGCUAUCUGGAGAUCGUGAAGAUGCUGCUACAGCAGGCUGCCGAUGCCAACAUGGUGAACGAAAGCAUGGGGUCCAGUCUCGUGGUGGCUUGCGAAGACGGGCAUCUCGACGUAGCCCGAACAUUACUUGAAGCAAGAGCUGACCAAAGAGCUACAGAUGAUGGCACCACGCCUCUCUUUGUUGCAGCCCAGAACGGACAUUUGGCCGUGGUCAGUCUCAUGCUGGAGCUGGGGGCAAACACUGAGUUUCCCAUCGAUGAUGGGGCGACACCUCUUCUUGUCGCAUCUUGGAACGGCCAUGCGGAGGUUGUUCGGGUGCUGCUGGAUGCACGCGCUGACAUGCAUGUGAAGCAGGACACUGGCGCCACUCCUCUACAUGCUGCCUGCACGAACUGUCAUGGACCGGUCAUAAAGCUGUUGUUGGAGGCCAGAGCGGAUGUGCACGGAUACUUGGCUACUGCAAGAGGCUCGGGGAUUUGGUGA